UGCCGGUGCCGCUCCCCGCGUGCAGCCGCGCCACGUGACCGGCCGGGGGUCACGGCCGCCCGCCCGCCAGGAGCGGCCUCGUCCCGUCCGUCCCGUCCCGGGCGCUCCGGCCCCCCGGCGGCAAUGAGGGCGCUGCGCUGGGCGGCCCUGGCUGUGCGAGCGGCGGGCGGGAGGUGGGCGCCGCCCGUCCCCCGCCGCGGUCGCAGCGGCCCCGGUCCGCCCCCGCCGCGGGAGUGGGCGCUGUCGGUGAGCCCGCGGGGGCGGCUGCGGGUGCGGCUGCCGUGCCAGGUGAGCGUCCGCCCCCUGGACCCGCAGCGCUGCCCGGGCGCGGACCGGGUGCUGGUGGCCGUGAGCGGCGGCAGCCCCGGGCGCGGCGGGCGGGAGCGGGAGCCGGUGCGGGUGGAGCACGACGAGGCGCUGGGACAGGUGGCGAUCGUGGCGGACGGCGUGGACAGCAAGACCGCCGUGGACGUCCGGACGCCGGUGAAGUUCGAUUUGGAUAUCAAAACAUCAGGAACUGGCUGCGUGAAGAUUCAGAAAAUAGAAUGUGAUAGCUGCAAAAUAGAAACAGAGAAGGGGACUAGUGUCUUGCAGUCAAUAAAGAGCCAUAAAAUUGAUAUACGGACAAACGGUGGCAAAGUAAUCGGUCUUGGAACACUUUAUGGAAAUACAGAUAUUUGUGCAACAGAAAAGGGGAGUGUAAAUAUAGAGAAGCUGCAGGGGACAACCAUCAGUAUAUCUACUGAAGAUGGGCUGCUGAAAACAAAGUAUCUCUAUGCAGAAUCAGCAUCUCUCUCUUCAGAAUCUGGUGAUAUUAUGCUGGGAAGUGUUCAUGGUAAUACCAACCUUCAGACCAAAACAGGGAGUAUCACAGUAGAUUCAUCAGAUGGAAGUCUAAAAGCUUCUACGUAUCAUGGGACAAUUGAUGUUUAUGUCAGUCAAUUAAGAAAAGUGGAUCUGAAAUCCCAGAAAGGUUCAAUUACAGUCAAGGUACCUGCAUCUCUCAAAGCUUAUUUAGAGCUGUCUGGAAGAAAAGUGGAUGUGAGCUCAGAGAUCCAGUUAAAAGAAACACAGAGUGCCUCCAAAGACGAUCAUGUAACUCUAAGUGGUCACAUGAAUCAAAGGGAUGAAACAGACAAAUGGAUUAAGGCUGACACACAAAAUGGCAAAGUGUGUCUUAAAAGCCAAAGCUGGAUCCAAUCUGUCAAGCUGAAGAGUUCUUGAAGCUGACAGCCAGCCCACAGUUCAGACCUGCAGACACGAACAUCAGCUUGUUUAGAGAGUUGGACUCAGCCCAAGAGGCUUUUAUGAGAAUGAGGGCUCUGGGUGCACAAGUGACUGUUGAGAAGCAGAGAACUGCUUAAAUGUAUGGGUGUAGUGUAUUAAAGAAUCUGCAGUCGCUACCUACUCAUUGCUCUCAAUUUCUCAAGAAGACUGUACUUGAUGAGUACCAGCCACAUCAAGUGUGAAGUUCUGUGGGGAGUCAGAGUGUUUAUGUCCUGGAGAAGACCUCCAUGGCAAACAAGAACCACAAACACAUGCAAAUUUAUUCAUUGCUUACUCUGCACGGGACUACAAAAACUUUCAUUACUGGAAGAUGAAGACAGCUUGAAUCAACAUCUGAGAGUUAGCAGUGCUGUCUGAGUGCAGCUGUCUUGCUUGAAGGCAUUCAUACUCCUGUGAGAAAGAUUUGCUAUGCUUCCUUACUAAUGCAAC